GUGGCGUUCGAUUGAACACGUGUCGUCAUGUUUAAUGGUUGACUGUUUUAUUACUUCUUAUUAAUUUAACAAAAUUAUGGGGAAAUUAAAUGUUUCAACUUUGAGAUAUUUAUCGAAAGAUGAUUUUAGAGUCUUAACAGCAGUUGAAAUGGGAAUGAAAAACCAUGAGCUGGUUCCAGGUGUUUUAGUUACACAGAUUGCUAAUUUAAAACAUGGUGGCUGUCACAAGCAUUUAAUGGAUUUAUCUCGGAAAAAGUUAAUUGCAUACGAAAGAGGAAGACGCUAUGAUGGUUACAGAUUAACAAAUUUAGGAUAUGAUUUUCUUGCACUUCGUGCAUUGUCAUCUCAUCAUGUUAUAAGUUCAGUGGGUAAUCAAAUUGGAGUUGGUAAAGAGUCAGAUAUAUAUAUUGUUGCUGAUGAAGAUGACAAUGAGUUAGUUUUAAAAAUACAUAGACUUGGUCGUACUUCAUUUCGGAAACUUAAAGAAAAAAGAGAUUAUCACAGACAUCGCAAAGGAAUUUCUUGGAUAUAUUUAUCAAGAUUAGCAGCAGUAAAAGAAUUUGCUUUUAUGAAGGCUUUAUAUGAUCGUGAAUUUCCAGUACCAAAACCAAUAGAUUUUAACCGUCAUUGUGUUGUAAUGGAAUUAAUAGAUGGAUAUCCUUUAUGUCAAGUACAUGAAGUAAAUGAUCCUGCUACACUGUAUGAUGAACUGAUGAACUUACUAGUUCACUUAGCUAAUUACGGCUUGAUUCAUGGAGACUUUAAUGAAUUUAAUAUAAUGCUGAAAAAAGAUGAUCAUCCUGUAUUGAUUGACUUUCCACAAAUGAUUUCUACUUCUCAUCCCAAUGCAGAAUGGUAUUUUGAAAGAGAUGUUAAUUGUAUUAGAGAAUUUUUCAAAAAACGUUUUAAUUAUGAAAGUGUUUUAUAUCCAACGUUUCAAGACAUUGAGAGAGAGUUUGAUCUUGAUUUAGAAACAGCUGCAAGUGGAUUUUCAAAAGAAACGAAAGAAGAAUUUAAUGAGGCAAUACAACAGAUGAAAAAUGCCAAUGAUAGGAGUUCUGAAGAGGAAGAAAAUGAAAUAAGUGAAUUUGAAGAAGAAAACGAAUCAAAAGUGUACAGUUCAGAAAAUCAAGAAGUUUGCAAAGUAACAAAUGUACAAAGAACAGACUCCAAAGUAAAUUUUAAUACCAAGCAAAUACUGAAAUUUCUAGAAGAUGUUGAAAUAUCCAAAACUGCAGAAUCAACUAAAGCAGAGAGUUGCGCAGAAUCAACUAAAGCAGAGAGUUGCGCAGAAUCAACCAAAGCAGAGAGUUGUGCAGAAUCAACUAAAGCAGAGAGUUGCGCAGAUUUAUAUGUGGAUAUUGCACAAGAUGAAAAGUAUGCUUGUAGCGAAAUGGAUAGUACUGCAAGUAAAGCCUCAAUUGCUCCUGAAGUAAUUUGUUCCAGGAUUAGAAAGGAAGUAUUGAAGAGAAAACAGAAAGAGAAACGUAGAGUGAAGAUUAAAGGUGAAGCCAGUGCAGUGAACAGGUUACGCCGUGAAAAUCAUGAUACUGUUAAAGAAAGUUUUGGUUUUUUUUAACCAAUUGAAAAUAAUUGUAAAUGGUUUUCUUUAAUUUCAUUAAAACACACAUUAUCAUCAGAUUUAAGAGUAAUAGUUCCACUAGAGACAUUCAAAUAUGACCACUGCACUUUGUAGGAGAAAUAUUACAGAUUGUGACAGAGAGGGCAACUUGUAGAAUGAUGUCUUAAAGAUUCAAAAAUUGAGAGAUUGCCAAUGGGGAGAAAAAGGGGAGGUUAAUCUUUCUUGUCAAGAUGAAUGAGGCGUGCAAGCAUAAUGUACAGUACAGUACCUGUACAUGUUAUGUAAAAGUGACCUGUCUAGUGUCAA